UUGAAGAAGGGAAAUCCAGAGAGAGAGAGAGAGAAGAUGUCAGUGCUUAUAGUGACGAGUUUGGGGGAUAUAGUUGUGGAUUUGUACACAGACAGGUGCCCUCUUACUGCCAAGAACUUCUUGAAGCUCUGCAAGAUAAAGUAUUACAAUGGGUGUCUCUUUCACACGGUCCAGAAGGAUUUUACUGCACAGACUGGUGAUCCAACUGGAACAGGUUCUGGUGGUGAUUCAAUUUACAAAUUUUUGUAUGGUGAUCAGGCUCGCUUUUUUGGUGAUGAGAUUCAUCUUGAUUUGAAGCAUGCUAAAACGGGCACAAUUGCCAUGGCCAGUGCUGGAGAGAAUCUCAAUGCCUCUCAGUUCUAUUUUACAUUGCGUGAUGAUCUAGACUAUCUCGAUGGGAAGCAUACAGUUUUUGGGGAGAUAGCAGAGGGGUUGGAGACAUUGACAAGGAUCAAUGAGGCUUAUGUGGACGAGAGCAACAGACCCUAUAAAAAUAUUAGAAUCAAGCAUACCUACAUAUUGGAUGAUCCUUUUGAUGAUCCUUCACAACUAUCUGAGUUAAUUCCUGGAGCCUCCCCGGAAGGCAAACCAAAGGAUGAGGUUGAUGAUAAUGUGCGUCUUGAAGAUGAUUGGGUGCCGAUGGAUGAAGAAUUGGCUCCUGGAGAGCUUGAGGAGCGUCUUCGUGCCAAAGAUGCACAUUCCAGUGCUGUUGUACUUGAGAGUAUAGGGGAUAUUCCUGAUGUUGAGAUAAAGCCACCUGACAAUGUGCUUUUUGUUUGUAAACUGAAUCCAGUCACUGAAGAUGAGGACUUGUUCACAAUUUUCUCACGCUUUGGAACUGUGCAAGCGGCUGACAUAAUACGUGAUUAUAAGACUGGAGACAGUUUGUGUUAUGCGUUCAUAGAAUUUGAAACGAAAGAGGCCUGUGAACAAGCAUAUUUCAAGAUGGAUAAUGCUUUGAUUGAUGACCGAAGAAUUCAUGUAGAUUUUAGUCAGAGUGUUGCAAGGUUGUGGUCCCAAUACAGGCGCAAAGAAGCGGGCAAAGGCAAAGGCUGCUUCAAAUGUGGUGCACUUGAUCACAUUGCCAAGGAGUGCACUGGUGAUAAUGCCAGUAAACAGCAACCGCAGAAGUACGUAUUGAAGAAUGAUAAUGCACAGCGUGGUGGAGGCAACAACUCUAGUUAUGAGAUGGUAUUUGAUGGAGAUACUCCAGAAAGUCCAAGACAAGAAAAGAGACAUCAAGACCAUGAUCCAAUUAACCGAGUUGAGAACCAAAAGAUGAAUAGGCAGAGUUCUGAGGACCAAAGGCGAGAUCAAGAAAAUAAGCACUCAAGUGAUAGAGACCGACAAAGUGUCAGAGGUAGAGGAUACAAAGAGGAAUCAAGUCGAGACAGUAGAUCAAGUCGAUCUGGUGGAAGAAGUCAUCGAGAUUUUGAAGGGGAAAGGGAUGCUGAAAAGCCUAAGGUGAGACAAAGAGACAAAGAUGAUAAGCUGGAUCAACGGGACUAUGCAGAGAGAAGACGUGAUGGAGAUUACAGAAAGAGGAGUGCAGAUAGUGAUAGAGAGAAGCAUAAAGAGAGACGAAGAGACAGAGAUGAUAAUAUUGACCAGCAGGAGAGUGGAAAGAGGUAUGCAGAUGACGGUAUGUAUGCAGCACAGAGGGGAGAUGAAGAUUACAGAAAAAGGACUGCAGAUGGUGAUAGAUCCACAGAAAGGAGUAGGGAUAGAGAAUACAGAAAGAGAAGUGUAGCUAAUGGUAGCCCUUCAGAAAAGAGAGACGAUGAAUUUUAUAGAAAGAUACGUGCAGAGCAUGAUAAGCAUGCAGAAAUGAGGGAUGAUAGAAACUCUAGGAAGAAAUCUGUUGAUGACAGACGAGACAAGAGAGAUGAACCAGUUCAUAAGAGAAGCGCAGGGAGGGAAGAUAGAGAACAUAGAAGGUGAAUGGCAUGGAAGUUCUCUUGAUGGAGAUGAAGCAUGUGAUUGUAUAAUUUUGACGCCAGAACUUUUACCAGACUUCGGUUUUCUGUGACUUUUCUCUGUAAUGAAUUGAAUCAAUAUUGUAGUGGUAUCAAUUUUGGACUAGUGACUCCAAACUGAAAUACUAAAACUAAGUUGUCACUUAGUUUUAUUUUAAUUAAAAUUAAAGACAUUAUGAUCUUUAA